CUAAUACUCCCUUAGGACUUCAACCUCCUUCAAACCCAACACUUAACAGAUAAAGAAACCCAGGGCCCCUGAUACUUGCUCUUAUGCGUUAUCUCAAACCAAUUACCCUUAUAUCUGGACAAGAUUAUUAGUAUUCUCCCAGGUAUUCACCUCUUCACCCAUAAACAUGAUGGCUUCUUGUCCCCACGUACAUGCACAAGAUAUCAAACCGCCUGGGCCAUCAGAAGUAGUUUACCGGGAGGACUGCACACAAUGUUUUGACUCCAUCGACGACGAAGCCGGGCUCAAUGUCUGCCUUCAUUGCUUUGAUGGCGGCUGUGCAGGGGAGAGAGAACAUGGCAUUCUUCACUAUAAACGGUUCAAACACCCUCUAGCUCUGAAUAUCAAGAGGACACGACGGAAAGUUCAGCGCGAUGAGCCUCCUUUCAAGAUUUCGAAGCUCGCCAUUGCGGCUGAAACCGACGAGGACCGGUAUGAUACUAUCACGAAGAUUGUGUGUUAUGAGUGUCCCACGACAUUUGUCAACGACGGCGACGACCAGCUCUCUAGAACUAUCGAAGGGGUCAUGAAGGCCAUGACCUACUCCAAGAAGGAAGAAAUCAAAGCGUGGGAGCAAGAAUUUAUACCUUGUCAGCAUACACUUAACUUGAGCCAGCAGGGAAUAAAACAGAGAGAACCCAAAGGCCUCCGCAAUUGUUCCAUGUGUGAUCUUAAAGAGAAUAUCUGGCUCUGUUUGGAGUGCGGAAGUAUUGGUUGCGGGCGCAGCCAAUUCGGCGGUAUAGGAGGGAAUUCCCAUGCGCUCGCGCAUGCCGAUAUGAGCUCCCAUGCUGUAGCUGUGAAACUGGGUUCACUCACUGCAGACGGCACAGCAGACAUCUAUUGUUACAAGUGUAACGAGGAAAGAGUUGAUCCCAACCUCUCUACUCAUCUCGCACAUUGGGGUAUAAACGUGGCGGACUGCGAGAAAACCGAGAAAAGUCUUAUGGAAAUGCAGAUUGACCACAACAUGCGAUGGGAAUUCUCCAUGAUGAAAUCAGACGGCCAUGAACUUAGUCCCGUGUUCGGUCCCGGGUUAACCGGGUUAACGAAUCUGGGGAAUAGUUGCUAUCUUUCUAGCAUUGUUCAAUCUUUGUUCUCUCUCCCGGAGUUUCAAAAAAGGUAUUUUCUACCCAUGCACGAACAGCCUGCCAUCAAAACUCCAGCACAGGACUUUGAAACUCAAAUGCGGAAACUCGCCGAUGGCAUUUUAUCUGGUAGAUAUUCACGCCCUGAUACACACGUUAUCGCGUCACCAGAUAGCCCCGAGGUACCUCACCAGCGUGGUUUAUCUCCUAGCAUGUUCAAACAUCUCGUCGGUCGCAAUCACGAAGAAUUUUCGACAAUGAGACAACAGGAUGCUUUUGAAUUUCUGCUCCAUUUAUUCAAGCUGAUUGGCAUCUCGAGACACGACGGCAUGUUCAACCCCAUUGACGCAUUUCGAUUUGCAAUUGAGCAGCGUCUUCAGUGCGUGUCCUGCGCGAAAGUACGUUACCGGGUCGACGAGCAAGAUAAUAUCUCAGUAGCAGUACCCGCACGUCGGCUGUCCGAUAAACACGAGCAAAUCUCAUCAUCUGCGAACAGUGCCUCUCUGAUGCCGGUCAAAAACGAAUUUGCAAAAGUUGCUAUGGAGGAGUGUCUCGACAUUUUUACUUCUGAAGAAAUCGUUGAGCUCGAGUGCCCUUCUUGCAUGGGCAAGGAUGGCUUUCGCAAGCGUUCAUUAUUCAGAACUCUCCCGCAGGAACUGAUAAUCAACGCGCGCAGAUUUCAGUUGAUCAAUUGGGUUCCUACAAAGCUUGAUAUCCCUGUGGAUGUGAGGAAUGAUGAGCUAGACUUCACCUCGUACCUUGCUUCUGGCCCCAGACAAGACGAAGAGUUACUGCCUGACACGGAUACAUCGGCUGAACAAUUCAAACCUAACCAGAUAUCUCUUGACCAGUUGAUCAGCAUGGGAUUCCCAGCUGCCCGAUGUGAGAAGGCUCUUUUCGCAACAGGAAACUCGGAUACCGAGACUGCGAUGAACUGGUUGUUUGCGCAUAUGGACGACCCAGGUAUUGACAACCCUUUGCACACAGGGUGUGCUACCAGCAGCAAAGUAGAGCAAGAUCCGGCGAAGAUUGCACAUUUAGGGGAAAUGGGAAUCGAGGCGUCUCGUGCGAGCAAGGCAUUGGCGGCUACAAAUGGCGAUGUCAACAGGGCCUUGGACUGGGUUUUCAGCCACCCUUCUGACCCCGAGGAUGUUGAAGACAACGGUAAAACUGGAGAGUCGGAGCCGAAGUCUACACCUGGUUUCAGCGAGAUCCCAGCAAAAUACAAACUAACGGCCAUUGUUUGCCACAAGGGAACAUCUGUUCACGCUGGGCAUUAUGUUGCGUUUAUCCGCAAGGUAUUGCCGGGAGAUACCCAGCCUUCUUGGGUUUUGUUCAAUGAUGAAAAGGUGGUAAAAAUUGAGGACAUUGAAGAGAUGAGGAAAUUCGCCUAUCUAUAUUUCUUCUCAAGAAUUUAGUGGCUACCAAUGGCUUUUCAUGAGGAAGAGUGAUUGAUGAUCUUAAACAGAGAACAUGAUACAUGAGUUAAGAUAGAAUACGAGGGGAUGAAUUUAAACUAUUACCAUCGAG